AUGUCCCAGGAACCCAGGACAUACUUCCUUUUCCUGUUCCUUUUUCUGAGCAAUGCAGUGGCGAGUCAGAGAGUUCCAAGUUCCAAGCAGGAUUUGCAUCCAUUGUUGCACAAAAUGGCAGAAGAAAUAAUAGAGGGAAGCUAUCUGAAUGCAUUACUGGAUCUCAUACAGUUUCAAAGCUCCCACGCGUGGACGGCAGACCUGUCCCACAGAAUCCUGGCCUAUCUGAAUUCACGGAAUGUUGCCUUCACCAUUGCCAGCCUGCAGGCAGCCAUGGCAAACCACCUGGAGCAACGUUUGUACCAGCCCCAGCAGCUGCUAGAGGACCUGAGGGGAACGGAUGCUCAUCAAUUCCGCACCGCCAUGAAGUGCCUCUUAGAAGACAAGAAGGACCGCUUGGAGCUGGAGGACAUCAUCAUUGACUUGGGAGAGAUUCAGGAACAAGCCUUGCAGAGCCCUGGUGUGAACCGCAGCCUGUUUCUCGUCACGUUGGAGAGGUGUUUCCAGGUGCUGAAUGCCCUGGAGUGUGUGGAAAUCCUGGGCAGGCUCCUGAGAGGGUCCUCAGGCAGCUUUCUCCAGCCAGACAUUACACAGAGGCUCCCUUGGGACCUUCGUGAGGAUGCCUUUAAGAACCUGGUCACUAUUGGGCUGUUUAUCAGCUACGACAAUGCCACCAAGCAGUUGGACACAGUUUACGAUGUCACACCUGAGUUGGCCCAGGCGUUUCUGGAGAGGAUCAGCUCCUCCAGCUUUGACGUGAGGAAUACUUCCACCAUCCACAGGACUCUCAAAGCCGAUCUCCUGGACAUUGCCACUGAGAACCAGACCCUCAACGAGACACUGGGCUCUUUGUCAGAUGCAGUUGUGGGGUUGACCUACAGUCAACUGGAAUCCCUCUCCCCUGAGUCCGUGCACAGUGCCAUCUCCACCCUUAACCAGGUCUCAGGCUGGGCCAGGAGCCAGGUCAUCAUUUUGUCUGCCAAGUACUUGGCCCAUGAGAAGAUUACAGAAGCAGGGGACACUGCCUCAGCUCUUGUAGACAUACAAGGCGCUUUCUUUAAGGAAGUGUCUCUCUUCGAUUUGUGGAGGGAACCUGGAUUCAACUCUACAGUCCUAAAGGAAAAGGAGCUUCGGAGCAGUCAGGCCUUGUUCCUAUAUGAGCUGCUGUCAAAGACAACCAGAAGGCCCUAUGAGCUCCUGAGCGCAGGGCAGCUGAUCAAAGGUGUGAGGUGCUCACACAUUGAAGCCAUGAGCGUGGACUCCUUCCUGGCCAGUUUCCAGUAUUUUGAGAACAGCCUCUCCAUGCUGUCACCGUAUCAGAUUAAUUGCUUGGCGUGGAAAUAUUGGCAAGUGUCCAGGUCCUCUAUGCCACCUUUUCUUUUGGCCGCGCUUCCCUUCCCUUGUGGGUUUCAGAAUGAUGUCAUUGCUGAUGAGUAUGCUGUGGACAUGGUGGGGAACCUGCUCUGCCAUUUGCCGGCCGCCAUCAUUGACCGUGGGAUCGCCCCCAGGGCUUGGGCCACUGCCCUGCAUGGCCUCAGAGACUGCACAGACCUCAGCUCAGAACAGAAGGCUGCGGUGCGGCGUCGACUCCUAGAGCAGCGUGGCCUCCCUCAGAAUUGGACUGCCGAGACCACAAAGGACGUGGGACCUUUUCUGGUACUUUUCUCAGGAGAUGAAUUAAGCUCUAUCAGCACAAAGUUCCCUGAUAUCUUUCAACAAAUAGCUUCCAAGAUGACUGGGACCCUGCCCCCCAAAGAGUUCCUCUGGACUGUCUUUGAGUCUGUUCGGGGCAGCAGUGAGGAGAGCCCCAGCUCUGACCUCAGUCCUGCUGCUGAUGUUCUGGACCAGCUCCUACGGCCCUCACAGGCCUUGCGGUCCAGUUGUAACAUUGCCACAGUUUGGGACAUGCCUUUUUACUGGAGAGAGCACCAGAUCGUCUCCCUGGGGCGCAUUGCUCUGGCUCUUAAUGAGAGUGAGUUGGAGCAGCUGGAUCUCAGCUCCAUUGACACAGUGGCUUCCCUGACCCAGCAGACUGAAUGGACCCUGGGACAGGCUAAAUCCAUUCUGCAAGGGUUCCUGGAAGAUUCAGCGUAUGCUAUCCAGGAUCUGAAGAGCUUUCACUUAGUAGGACUUGGCGAAACCCUGUGUGCCAUGAAUAUCACCGAAAUCUCACUAAUAGAGAUCUCAGAAUUCAGCGUCUUUUCUGGAUUAACUAAGGACGAACUCCAAAUGCUCGACAAAGGCUUGAUGCCGUAUUUCCAGCCAUCAACAAUAAAAUGCCUUCCUGAUGAGAUAUUCAAAGAGCUAUCGGCAGAGCAGAUCGCCUCUUUGGGCCCAGAGAAUGCGGCGGCGGUCACCGACGCCCAGCGCCGGCAACUCAGCAUGCUGCAGCUGCAGAGCCUCCAGCGUGCGCUAGAUGGCGCCAAGACCCGCUUUUGGCUGGACGCACCCCUGAGCGCCAGCCCCACCCGGACUCCGGUCUCGCGUUCACCUCCAGGAGCUCCUGUCUGCUGGGGUCUUUGGCUUGGCUGCCCUCUGCUGGUUCUAACAGCCAAGCCCCUGUGGUGA